AUGGUUCCAGCAGAAGUCGACGAGGCCAAGUGCAGACACUAUGCCCAAUUCAUGUACAGACUCGACCGGAUACAUUUCGAUGCCUUGUAUUGGUCUCUUUUCUUUGUCGUGAUUGGAAUAUUGUUUGUAGCGUCAUGGAUAUACCAAUCCGUCAUGAAAUAUGCAGACAACCCAAACCAGGAUAAAGCCGAAUUUCGAAGAAAGCUCAAAAUUGCCAUGGUCUACACAACAAUAUUAUUCCUUGUGGCAGGUGUGGCAGUGGUAAUGGAAGUCUUUAGCCUUUUGGCCUUGCAGUUCUGCGACGGAGAGGAUCUCAUGAGUUUAUACUGGUCUACAUGGACUAUGCUUCAACUUGGAGCCGAGAUUGCCAUACUCGGAGUCGACUUGGCUUUGUACCAUGCACUUUUCGACAUCAAGCAUCCGAAAUGGGCCCUUGCUCUCGGUACCCCAGUCUUGGUGGUCGCUGGGUUCGGUCAUGUCAUACCCAUCCUGUUCCGCAAGGCCGCCCGCAAACUCAAGAGAAAGCACGAGGAGACACGCAUGUCUCGCAGGAACUCGAAAGACCUGAUGACCGAGAAGACCAACACCUCCUCGGCUGCUAGUAUCAAGCCAGAGGUUGAAGAGCGCUCUCGGGCCAACAGUACCGCCAAUGGCCUGAUGGGACAAGCACUGGCGCCUCCACUCAUCACCUUUGAGAUUGAUGUCGGAGGCAACGACGAUGUCAUUCGAAAGUGGCCCAGUUUCCUGCGCUUGGAAAACGGCAAGGCACUUAUCCAAGCCUCUAUUCGGCAAGACAGUUUCGACCUCGAGGCACAGCGACCAGGUCCCAGCGGCAGGACCCGAUGA